GGCUGUGGCAUUGGGACCAAAGGGUAGUGUGUAUAUCCAGAAGCUGAUAGUACUGGUUUCCCUGACGGCUUAAUAGAAUUAUUUGCCACGUGUGCACUUUCUGUAGAACAGGAUACUAAAUUAGCUCCCAACAAUGGGCCGAACGUACAUUGUAGAUGACUCUGUUGGCCAGUAUCUUUCAAACAUCAAACUCCAAGGAAAACCUUUUGUCUCUGGUCUUCUAAUAGGACAGUGUUCUUCACAGAAAGAUUAUGUGAUUCUUGCCACUAGAACACCACCCAAAGAGGAACAAUAUGAGAACCUCAAACAUCCUAAAACUAAGUUGGACUUUUUAGAUGAAGAGUGGGCAACAGAACAUGCCCACCAGGUAUCCAGAAUGCUACCAGGGGGACUUUUGGUUCUUGGAAUGUUCAUUAUCACAACUUUAGAAUUGGCAAAUGACUUUCAAAAUGCCCUGCGCAGAUUAAUAUAUGCUGUGGAAAAAUCUAUAAAUACAAAAAGACUCUGGAAUUUCACAGAGGAGGAAGUUUCAGAACGAGUGAUACUUCAUAUUUGCCCUUCUACGAAAAAAUCUUGUCGAACUUAUGAUGUCUGUGAUCCAAAGAGUUCGGCAAGACCUGCAGAAUGGAAGUAUCAGAAUAGAUUAUCUACCUCAUGGAUUUCUCUGGAGUGUACUGUUCACAUUGAUAUUCACAUCCCUCUUUCUACUACUUCUGUCAGCUAUACUCUCGAGAAAAAUACAAAGAAUGGUCUUACACGCUGGGCCAAACAAAUUGAAAAGGGUGUUUAUUUUAUUAAUGGACAAGUUAAAGAUGAAGAUUGUGACUUAUUAGAAGGACAGAAAAAAUCUAGAGGAAGUGCUCUAGCACCCAGUCAUUCUUUUGAUGUCCGAGUGCUAACACAGUUGCCCCUGAAUUCAGACCACAGAUCCACAGCCACAGUCCAGAUCUGCAGAGGUUCAGUAAACCUGAAGGGUGAUGUGAAAUGCAGAGCUUACAUUCAUAGUAAUAAACCCAGAGUUAAAGAUACUGUGCAGGCAGUGAAGAGAGAUAUAUUGAACACAGUCGUUGAUCGCUGUGAAAUACUAUUUGAGGAUCUACUUUUGAAUGAAGUCCCAGAAAAAAAAGAUUCGCAAGAGUUCCACAUCCUCCCUCACCGAGUUUUUGUCCCCAUUCCUGGAUCCACUGUCAUGCUGUGUGGUUAUAAAUUUGGUGAUGAGUCAGCUGAAGAAAUCAGAGACCAUUUUAGAGAGAUGUUAGAUCUGGCGAUUGAAGUAGAACAUUUAGAAAUUGCAGAGGAGAUUAACACAGCUUGCAUGAGUUCCUCUAUGAAUAGUGAGUCUGCAUUGGACAACGCUGAAGAUGAACAGCCAGAGCAGCCAAUGAAAAGUAUAGUAGCACUGAAAAUUCAGCAAAACAUAGGUAUGAUUGCAGCAUUUGCAGUUGCAGUCCUUGCUGCAGGCAUCUCCUUUCAUUACUUCAGUGAUUAGAGUGAGGCAUAAAGAAAUGUCCUGAUCAUCCAGCAGACAUUGAUCAGCAACUGUGAAUAAUAAGGUUGUAAACACCUAUAUGUAAGACAGUAGCAGCUACAUCUGCUGCCAUAAUGAGUAUUAGGUAUGUUUCUAACAUGAAAUCACCAGCUGCCUUCGUUAGCCUGCUUCUAUUAUAGGUGGCCCAAGUUUUCAAAAAUAAAGUUAUGCAUUUAGGUGAGAGUUGCAUGUAACUCAUCAUUAUUUUUAAAAAGUGAGAUACCAGAGAUUUUAGUCCUAUUGAUAUGUAUCUUACAUUGUUCAGGG